UCGCUUGUAUAUUUGGUUGCCUACGUUGAUUUUAUUGAUGUUUUAUGGCUACUUGAUUUUCUCGAGUUUCUAAUAUAUCAUAUAAACAAACAUGGCCGGCAAAGGGUGGAAUUACAUGUCUGGAGCUCCAGAGACCGACGAACAGCAACGUUUACGUUUUCAGAUCGAAUUAGAAUUCGUUCAGUGCCUAGGAAAUCCAAAUUACCUCAACUUUCUCGCACAGAGGGGUUAUUUCAAAGACAGUACCUUCGUCAAUUAUUUAAAGUACUUACUUUACUGGAAGGAACCAGAAUAUGCCAAAUACCUGAAAUAUCCGAUGUGUUUGUAUUUCCUCGAUUUGUUACAGUACGAACACUUUCGAAGAGAGUUGGUGAAUGCACAGUGCUCUAAAUUUAUAGAUGAUCAACAGAUUUUGUUGUGGCAACAUUAUACAAGGCGAAGGAGUCGAUUAUUGACUCCAACAAACACAAAUGGAAAUGUAGAGCAGAAUAUGAGCAGUCAGAACAAUAAUCAAAGUAAUGGACACAUUAAUAAUAAAAUUAGUUAGCAGGAAGUGUCAUUUUUGUGUGUGAAUGAAGCGAAAAAACGGAGGCGGAAAAAUGUUAAAGGCAUGAUUUUGCGA